AUAUGUAUUUCUUUUGACAAAUAAAUAAUAAAAGUUUUGUGUAUUUGUUAUCUUAAUAUUAAUUUCUAAUUUUAUUUUAUAUGUUAAUUUAGAAUAAAAAAAUAAGAUCAAUUGAAUAAUUGACGAAUUAUAUUCAAUGUUAAAAAUUAUAACAUUAUCUUAAAAAGAAGACCUAAAAAAGGGUUGUCAUAGCAAACAUCAGCAACAACACAAGUGAAUCUGUCGUUUAACGUGAAAUAUACUCACGGAUUAUUACUUUUGAUAUUAAUAAUGACUAACAAUAUUUUUAGUAAUGGCCGCAUUCAACAACAGACAAUUGUUUCGCAGCGUUUAAAAAAUGAUAAAGGAAAAAAAGCACCAGAAAUACCAGCGAUAGAAAGCAACAAUUGGUUGUUGCAUCGACAUUAUACGCGACAUGAAUAUAAAACUUGUAAAAUAUUAAUUGAUCAAGAAUUAAUAAAAUCAAACGGACAUAAUGAAUAUGCGAAUUAUUUAAAAGGUUUAAUAUUGAGAAGAGAAGGAAAAAUUCAAGAUUCGUUAAACUAUUUUCAAGCUGCUUAUAACGUCAAUUCAACGAAUAUUAAUAACGUGAAGCAAAUAGCCAAAUCAUUUUUGAUAAUGGGCAAUCACAAGCGUGCAAUCGACGCGUAUUUGGAAGCUGAAAAAAUAUCGAAUAUAUCAGAUUGGGAGAUUUAUUUUAAUUUAGGUGAAUGUUAUAUGAAAUUGAAUCAGGUAUAUGAAGCAAAAAAAUAUUUAAAAAGAUCGAUCGAAUUAACGAAAAAUGAACUACCUUACAUUGCAUUUGCCAAACUUUGUCUUUUCGAAAAUCAUGUUACAGAGGCACAGAACGCUUAUAUAACUGCUCUUAGCGAGAAUCCUGAAAGUAUAGAAGUUGCAACCGAAUUAGGACUGCUUUAUCUUAAAAUUGGUGAUGUCCAACGAGCAUUUCAACAAUUUGGUACUGCAAUCGCUCAUUCUCCAAAUUAUGCUAAAGCAAUUCUUCCAAUAGCUUACAUAAUCCAAAAUCACCAAGAAUAUGAUGUUGCAUUGUCAAAAUACAAACAGGCAGCACAAUCAAUUUCAGAAUCGUAUACUUUAUGGAAUAAUGUCGGAAUGUGUUUUUAUGGCAAGCAGAAAUUCGUUGCUGCUAUUAGUUGUUUGAAGAGAGCUCAUUAUCUCAAUUCCAUGGCUUUUUUACCCGCUUAUAAUUUGGGUAUGGUUUUUUUGACUACUGGUCAACCAGCGUCGGCCGCAAUUUAUUUGUGCUCUGCGAUUACCGCUGAUCCAAAAAAUUCAAUGCCAUACCUUCUACUUGGAAUCGUUCUGAAACGUCUAGAUGACUUGGAAGGUGCGGAGAAAGUAUUGCAAAAAGCUCAUGCUCUUUCACCGCAAGAUCCCUUUGUGUUAAUUAAUUAUGCGGUAAUAUUGGAGGCACAAGGCAAGGGAAAUAUGGCGGCCGAACUUCUGUCUGCGUUGAAUGAUAUUACGGCAGUGAUUGACGUGGACGAACAGAUAACGCAGACGGCAAAGAAAUUGUCGAUGAAAUUUCAACAGGAAAGAGUAAAGGGUAAAGAAGAGGAGGAGACGAGGGUACUCAACUCGGACGAAGUUUAAAACGGAUUAUCUUCUUCUUGAAAUCAAAGACCUUGCUCUAAAAAGCUUGUUUAAUCUUUCGUGUGUAUCAAAUUUUUUUAUAAUUUUUACUUUAGAUGUGGAUACUAUGAAUCAGCUUAUUAUAAUUCUAUAAAAGAAUAUUUCAAUAGAGAUAUAAAUAACGUAAUAUUGAGAAUAAUGAAAAUGAAAAUAACGAAGGAAUACAUAUUAAAAAGAAUGAAACGAGGAGAAACAAAGAAAAUUGGAGGUAUAAAAAUAUGAAAUUAUUAUUUCACCAAAAAAGUUUCAAAUGUUAAAACGAAGGUUUUUACAGAUGAUGAAAAUAAUUUUAUACUGUAUCGAGUACAUUUUUCGAAUAGACUAUAUUUCUUUUUUCUUAUUCAUUAUCUACUGAAUAUUUUGUCGCUUAUUCUUGCUCGUUUCGCGUUCCACGUGUCAAGGAGAGCCAGUUUCCUCAUUAAGUUUUUUUGGAUAACGCUACAUUAACUCGUAGCACUUAUUCCAACAGGUGCUAUUUUAAAAAUAUCAAGGAUUAAUAUUGCUUCGUUCACGAUUUAUCGUUUAAAGAUUAUUAACGAUUAUUGUUAUUAAUGAUUUGUCUUUAAGAAUCAUUAGGUUAUCUUUUGUUUGACUUAUAUAGAUACUAUAUUCUUUAUUAAGCCUCACCUUCACCUUUAUUUCUUUAUAAGGAAUUAUUCUGUAACAUUUUCAUUGAAUCGUAAUACGGAAAUGAGCAUAUUAUGGAAGUAAACUAUGUUCUUGUAAAUUAGUUAUGUAAGACAAAUGAUAAGUUGUUUCAGUUUUCUUUGAACGAUUUGUCACGUGUGAUAUCGUUUUUACAGUUAAUGGAAUACGAACGUAUAUAUCUUAAUUAAAAGUUCGAAUAACUUUUUUCUCUGAGUUUGUAGCCAUAAUUCUUGGAUUCAACUUCAUUAAAGUUGCAUUUUUGAAUCGUUUCGCUAAUGUUUAUUUCCAUGCUCAUCCGUGCAUUAAGUCGAAACGCUGGAGGUUUGAAAAUUUUGAAAUUUCUUUUUGAUUUUCACACAUACUGUGACAUAGAACAAACAAUAUAACGCUUGGAAUAUUUCGCUCGUUUGACUUUCUUUCUAAAAUGGAAGAAUAGAAAAAAGACCAUUCCUUUUUUGAAUCGUUAGAAAGAAUUUUACAAGCGUUCAAGCGUGUAUAAAAUAUAUUUUAUACAUAUAUAUAAUAAAUUUCUAUUGUAUUUUAUAUAUCUUUAUUUGAAAAAAUGAAGUCAUAUUUAAAAUCUUUGAGGAAUUUUCGCUCAAGAAAUUAAUUUAAUAUCAUUAAAUUAUUAUCCUCCUAAAUUUAAUUAAGUAAUGAUGUCCUUAAUUAAAUAUCCUUAAUAUUCAAAGUGAUAUAUUGAAGUAUUAUAAUGCUUUAAGAUUCUUUUAUACAUGUCCCCCACAAAAAGAUUUAUUUUAAUGAAAUUUCUUAACAUAAGUCUUUUAAUUAUUCUUCUCAUGCAAAAUAAUCUCCAAAAGAUUGUUUAAAACAAAGGGUUGAUUGAAAAUGAGUCCAUUUUUCUUUUUUCAUCCUCCUAUUCUCUUCUUUUAUAAGACUCCUUAUCAUUAGAAUAUUACAAUAUUAUUACAAUAUUACAAUAUUAUCCCUCAUUAACGUAUCACAGAGUCAUACUUCUUCACUUUAUGAACGAAAUACAAACGAUUAUUCAACAAUCGGAAAAUGAAAUAAAUUCUUCUGGAAUUGUUCUAAAGAAUCAAUAUAUCGUUACAUAAUUAUAGAGAAUGUUAUGAAACAUUCUGAAAUUGAUUUAAAUGGAAUUUCGUUCGUUAAUUCAAAAAUUGUUUAAUAUCUCUAUAUGACAAGAGUUUAGAGAAAAGGGAAGCGUAUGCAAUUUGAUCCAAUAUAUCGAAUAAUUAAUUGAAAUCCUUUCGAUGAUAGAUGUGUACGAUGAAAGACGAACGUUGUAUUUGCAAGUGCUUCUCUCAUUACAAGUUGAGAGGUAACUCAAUUAGAAAAGGCGAUACAGAACGAAGCAAUCUCUGCGAGAUACGAGCACGAGGAAAACCGAUGAAUUCUCCUUCAAUCCGAUAAAUAAUGCACUGUUGCAGUUCUGAUAUGUAUAGAAAGAAUAUAAGUCUAAAUACAAUUUAAGAUACUUUAAAUACAAGGUUUAAUAUUUUUCUCGAAAAUGAGAAAUAAUUUUUGUAAGCACAUAAAUCAUCAAAUAAAAGAUCAAAGUGUCGUGUUAUACGAAUAA